AUGCGUGAGGGAACACAAGAGAGAUUGGGAAUCUCGCCGUGGCACUGCUUGGUAGAAAGCGAGAGCCAAGUCAGCGGUGGGGACGAGGUAGAACAAGAAUGGGAUCCCUCAACUUGCCUUCUACAGUCUGGUGCCGACGUCAGAUCCACAUGGCUUCAGCGCCAACCGACCGGGAACCUUGCCUCCCUCAACUCUGAUGUUCUCUUCCUUGGUUCAGUCCAGCUCGACCGCAUCAAGAAUGCUAUUCGAGCGGGUGGAAGUCCGGCGCUGUUCCGCGGAAAACUCCAACGUACUUCAUUCUCAAAGAUGCAUGAUGGCAAUCGGACAAAAAGUGCUGUGUAG